AUGAUCAUAUCAUGUGGUCACAUCAUUUGUAAUCAAUGUAUACAAAAUCAAUUUUAAAAUAAUAAGACUUUGGUAACCUGCCAUCAAGGUGAUUCUUGCAAUCAAGUAGAAGAUUUUAAAUUGACUCCAGUGAAGGAAUUGAUGUACUAUCUUGAUAAAAUACCUACACUCAAUAUAACAUGCGAUACUCAUCCUCAUAAAAUGGUCAAGAUUUAUUGUAAAAAAACUAACAAAAUUGUUUGCAAAAAAUGCUAAACUGAUUGCAAUAAUGGCCAUCAUGAAGAAAUAGAUCAUUAAAAUAUUCUGAGAAAAGAUUUGGAAAAUUAUAUCGAACAAAAAAUUCCUUCACUAAAAAUUCUAUUAGAAAAAAUCCAAGUUCUUAUUCAAAAUCUUCAGCAAUAUCAGAGCAAGGAUAAGAUGUUUGGGGCCAGUGAGUUUCUUGAUAUGAUAACUUAGAUCAAUAAAUACUUAGAUCCAGAUCAGUCUCUUGAAGGAAAAAGCCUGACGAAAAAGAUCAACUUACGAAUGAGUUACUGCGGGUUGUGUUUGAAAAAGAUAAACCAAAGUAUUUCAGAGGAUUGGUUGACUAACAACUAGAAUCUUUGA